AUGAGCCGCUGGGAGGCUGAAGCUGACGGUGUGUUCACUGUUAAUGAACAAUGUCGGAGUUACCACCGCGCAGGGCUCAGGCAACAUAACACGUGUCUGGAGAUGGACCGAGACAUGAUGACCGUAGAGUCUCACAGCCCAGAGCCCCCGGCAGGAGAAUUGAGUCCAGGAGCCUUCGCCAAACACGCCAUCCCUCCAUCCUCCAGAGGCUCAGAGGAACACGAACUCCACCCGGUCACAUCACCCCUCAAGGACCCUAGUGGACCUGCCCUGGAAGACCCUAGUGGACCUGCUCUGGAAGACCAUAGUGGACCUGCUCUGGAAGACCCUAGUGGACCUGCCCUGGAGGACCCUUGUGGACUUGCUCUGGAAGACCCUAGUGUACCUGCUCUGGAAGACCCUAGUGGACCUGCCCUGGAGGACCCUUGUGUACCUGCUCUGGAGGACCCUAGUGGACCUGCUCUGGAAGACCCUAGUGUACCUGCCCUGGAAGACCCUAGUGGACCUGCCCUGGAAGACCCUAGUGGACCUGCUCUGGAGGACCCUAGUGGACCUGCCCUGGAGGACCCUAGUAGACCUGCCCUGGAAGACCCUAGUGGACCUGCUCUGGAAGACCCUAGUGGACCUGCUCCGGAAGACCCUAGUGGACCUGCCCUGGAAGACCCUAGUGGACCUGCUCUGGAAGACCCUAGUGGACCUGCCCUGGAAGACCCUAGUGGACCUGCUCUGGAAGACCCUAGUGGACCUGCCCUGGAGGACCCUAGUGGACCUGCUCUGGAAGACCCUAGUGGACCUGCCCUGGAGGACCCUAGUGGACCUGCUCCGGAAGACCCUAGUGGACCUGCUCUGGAAGACCCUAGUGGACCUGCCCUGGAAGACCCUAGUGGACCUGCUCUGGAAGACCCUAGUGGACCUGCCCUGGAAGACCCUAGUGGACCUGCUCUGGAAGACCCUAGUGGACCUGCUCUGGAAGACCCUAGUGGACCUGCCCUGGAGGACCCUAGUGGACCUGCUCUGGAAGACCCUAGUGUACCUGCUCUGGAAGACCCUAGUGGACCUGCCCUGGAGGACCCUAGUGGACCUGCUCCGGAAGACCCUAGUGGACCUGCUCUGGAAGACCCUAGUGGACCUGCCCUGGAAGACUCUAGUGGACCUGCUCUGGAAGACCCUAGUGGACCUGCCCUGGAAGACCCUAGUGGACCUGCUCUGGAAGACCCUAGUGGACCUGCUCUGGAAGACCCUAGUGGACCUGCCCUGGAGGACCCUAGUGGACCUGAUCUGGAAGACCCUAGUGGACCUGCCCUGGAGGACCCUAGUGGACCUGCUCCGGAAGACCCUAGUGGACCUGCUCUGGAAGACCCUAGUGGACCUGCCCUGGAAGACUCUAGUGGACCUGCUCUGGAAGACCCUAGUGGACCUGCCCUGGAAGACCCUAGUGGACCUGCUCUGGAAGACCCUAGUGGACCUGCUCUGGAAGACCCUAGUGGACCUGCUCUGGAAGACCCUAGUGGACCUGCCCUGGAGGACCCUAGUGGACCUGCUCUGGAAGACCCUAGUGUACCUGCUCUGGAAGACCCUAGUGGACCUGCCCUGGAGGACCCUUGCAUGCCCCCUUUGCAGGAGGUGAACUCUCUUGUAUUAAACACAAAGGAGGUGCCAGGUGAACCUAAACCACAUGCCAGCCCUUCUUUGCUCUUGAUGCAGACAAAUGAUGUGCAACUGAACACAGAACGGAGAACCGAGGACCCAGAGGAACCUGAACCUGCCUCCUGUCCUGCUGAAGGCUCUCCAGAUGCAGAUGUCCAUGAAGAGGAGCGACUCAGUCAACCGUGUCCGGCGGAUCGAGCCACCGUGUCCAGAUCUUCCUUGGAGGCCAGAGAGCAUCUGAAGCCGUUGGCUCACGAAGACGCCCACAGCAGUGUCUCUGACCACUGGGCCAGGAGGAGGAAGCUCUGCAAGGAGAGCAAGGAAUGGAGCUCUACGGCUGGAGGAAGCUCUACGGCUGGAGGAAGCUCUAUGACCAGCGACAUCACAGAGGAACCAGGUCCAGAUGUCUUGACGCUGGCCAUCGGGUCGGACAUCGCCCGAGGGCCCAACGCGCCCCGGCCAGCGUGUCGCGGUUAUCUCCACAAGAGAACCCAGGUGGGUCUGUUCCAGGGCUGGAGGAGGAGGUGGUUCGUCCUCACGCAGGGCUGCUGCCUCUUCUACUACCGGCACCGGAGGGAUGAAGGUCAGAGGCGGGCCUUGUUUGCUGUGAAGCUGGAGGGGGCGGAGCUUGGGCCGGACGCCUCCCUGGGGAAACCCUUUGUGAUCCGGUGCCGCCCUCCGUCCGGGAGCCGAGUCUACUUCCUGCGCGCCGCGUCCAGCCAGGAGACGAGGCGCUGGCUUAAGGCUCUGGAGAAGGCCAUCCAUCCCAUCACACAGAACCACGUGUGGAUGGACGUCACCAGACACAACUCUCUGCUGCCCCCGCUGGCGGUGAGGAGCCCCGAGUGCCUGGGCCUGCUCCAGAAGUACGAGGCCCUGAAGGCCUCGUGGGCGCAGCUCUACUGCGUCCUGAAGGACGGCUGCCUCUACCUGUACAGCGGCCUCCGGGCGCCGGGCGCCUACGAGUGAAGACCCCCGCCAGAGGGUCCGUGACGUGGUGUCUGAAGCCUCUGCCUCAGGUGGGAUCUACCUGCAGCCCUACGCAUCCAAGAAGUCCACCGUCGAGCUGCGGCCUCCGGCUGAGGAGUUCAAGGCCUUCUACUUGUGUGCGGAGAACCGCCGUGAGAACCAACGAUGAGCAGCGAGCGCCGGGGUCCUUCACGUCCUCUGGGCUCGCUGUUGCUAAGCAACGGUGCUCGACUAAACAACCAGAUGGUGCUUCGCAAACGCGUCCUGCACGAUAUGAAGAGACUCUUGGUCUUGUAUCUUGUUUCCUGCAUUCAUCUUCACCGUGUAUUGUUCUAGAACUGAUAACUGAGCUCAUGGGACAGAGUCCUGUCCGGGGCUCCGAGCUCAGCCUGAGGAUUGGACCUUUGAACUCUCCCUGGUGGAGGAGAUGACGCCUGCUGAUGCUCCGCUGUCUCCACAGGUGGAUCACCGCCAUCAAGGCUUCCAUUGACAAGUGGCGGCCUUCACGCUCGGCCUUCCAGGAGUACCUGAAUCAGCCACCAGGAGAGACGCCGCUGUGAGACGGACACUUCCUGUGGAGCACUGAUGCACUUCCUGAGGAUCAAUGGAUGCGCUUCCUGUUGGUAGCGGAGGCACUUUGUUCUCCGCCGCUGAGAGGCCAUGGUUUCGUGAUGCCCUCUGUGGUGCCUGAUCAUUUACAUGCAGCCCGACUGCUAAUGGAAAAGUGCAAAAUGUGAGGAACAAAAAGGGAAAAACAGGACUCCAUAUUUA